AAUAAGUGUUCUUUCAAGUGUUCUUGUGUUUUAAGCAUUUAUCAGAAAGAUGAACAAUAUGAUCAUUUUCAAGAAAUUACGCAAUCGUGUGGUUCCAUACUCCCCACCGGCGAGAUUGAAUCGCAGGAAUAACCGGAAUCGCGUUCGGAAUGCGCCAGCACCACAACGUAACAACUCUGUUCAGGUUGAGGCUACUCUUGGAGAAAUAGCUCCGACUAUGGCUGAAGUUACCGUUCAUGUUUUGGCAGAGGCUGACCCCAAUAUGGAGAUGGAAGUUAUGGACGAGGUUGACCCUAAUACGGAGUUUGGAGUUAUGGGCGAGGCUUACCCUCUGGCAGAGGUUGAAGUUUUGGCCGAGGCUGACCCCAAUAUGGAAGUUGAAGUUAUGGCCGAGGUUAACCCUCUGGCAGAGGUUGAAGUUUUGGCCGAAGAUGACCCUAAUACGGUAGUUGAUGUUUUGGCCGAGGCUGGCCCUAUGGCUGAAGCUGAGAUUGAAGUUAUGGAGGAGGCUGACCUUAACACUAAUACUGAGGAUGAUGAUAUGGCUGAGGUUGAAAUGAUGGGAUUGAGGUUCUUGCCGAGGCUGACCCUGAGAUGGAUGUUGAAGUUAUGGCUAAGCUUAAUACCUAAACUGACGAUGACCCUGAAAAGGGAUAGGGAGGGGAGAGCGGAUAGAUAGAGAGCGAGUGAUUGAUCUGCAAUCCAAAAAUAUAAUAAGUAGAUGCAUAACGGACAUGAAUUGCACUAUAGUCCGAAUACCUUGUUGUGGCGAAAAUAAAUAUC